AUGGCUUCGAUGUUGCAGUCUAAGCGAGGGCUUGCGAAGGGCUCCUACACGCUCCACAGGUGUCCACAUGUCGCUGCCAUGAGGGAACAUAAUGGUCGACCUGUCUAUGGAAACAUCAUGCAUGAUCGGCGUGUGAUUAGAGGCAACACCUAUGCACAGCACAUUCCUCCGCUCCCACCUCUACCUGAUCAGGCCAAGAUCGAACGGCAACAAGAGGCACUGCGGCGAGCCAUGGCGAGAAAGAGGGCAAGAGACAGGUUACGGAGCAGAAGUCCACCUCCGCAGGAGGGCAGGAAGCACGUACAGGUCCAGACUGAGGUAUACCUGGAGGAGCUGAUGGAUCAUAUCGAGGGCUCCAGUGUGCAAUGCCAGACAGACACAUGUCUAGACAAGCCAGACACGCCUUUAUUUAUACCUGUCAAAUCUGGCAAAGAUGCAUCGACACAGAUAGAGCUAGGAGAGCUGUUCGACUUUGACAUGGAGGUGCAGCCAGUGCUGGAGGUGUUGGUGGGAAAGACCAUGGAGCAGGCUUUACUGGAAGUACUGGAGGAGGAGGAGCUCGCUGCGUUAAGGGCUCAACAGCGAGCUUUCCAGGAGCUGCGUAAUGCUGAACUGGCCGAAGUUCAACGACUGGAGGAGGAGGAGAGGCGCCGCAGCGAGGAGAAAGCUCGCAGGAUUGAGCAGCAAAGGUUGGCCUUGGAGAAGGAAAGGGAAACAGCAGAGAAAAUCACCGCUAGAACUUUCUCACAACAUUAUCUGGCUGACCUGCUUCCCUCUGUCUUUGCAAAUCUGAGAGAUCGUGGAUACUUCUAUAAUCCGGUGGUAAAAGAUAUAGAGACUGGAUUCCUUCCCAGGCUGAUGGAAGAAGUGGAAAAUAGUCUUGAAAAGCGCAAAGUCGCACAAACGGUGCUUGACACACUCAUUCAAGACGUGACCAGCCACAGACAGGAGACCUUUCCGAGUGGCAGCUGCCAGUGAUGGGUUCUUCACUUGGCAGAAUCUCACUGAACUCUCAGAUAUUAUGAUGAAAUAUGAUAAAAUUAUUUGUUAAAAUAUAAAGUCCUACUAUAUUAAUCAGGUACUUUAUUACAAAAAAAGAAGAACAGAGAGUCAGAGUUUUAUUGUUUACAUGAACUUUAAUACUUUAAUACUACUAAAUGGAUGUUGGAUCAACUUUAGAGAAGGAAUGUGACAUAUAAUACACUUAAUUCACUGAUGGAUGUUCUGCUGUGACCCCUGCUGAUACUAAGGGUAAGCUUCACUCUCUCUCAAUAACCUAGCAAUAAACUUAAAAUAUCUUCCCAGCAACCUCCCAAUAACUUCCCAGUAACCUUCUAAUAAACUUUCCAGUAACCUCUCAAUAACUUCCCAGUAACCUUCUAAUAAUCUUCCAGUAACCUCUCAAUAACUUCCCAGUAACCUUCUAAUAAUCUUCCAGUAACCUCUCAAUAACUUCCCAGUAACCUUCUAAUAAUCUUCCAGUAACCUCUCAAUAACUUCCCAGUAACCUUCUAAUAAUCUUCCAGUAACCUCUCAAUAACCGCCCAAUAAUUCUAUCUUGGAAUCUACAGUUGUUAAGAGAUUCCUUCAUGAAAUGUGUGGACUUUCCCAUUGCAUGUUGGUCCAAUGCCCCAGAAAACCAGCAUUUUCCAGAAUUUAACGAUGGUCCUGAUCAUUUUAAAUAUAUACUGAAUGUAAACUUCUGACUCAAUUUGAACAUGUAGAAAUAAAUUAAACACAAAAUGUUGGGUUAUAGAAGGCAAUGGAAACCAGUGCUCAGCCAGAUGAUGAUAUCUCCAACCUGAAAUUGGAUUUUGAACUUUAUCUUAUGCUGUGUAUGAUGUUGAGAUAGAGCUCAGUGAGGCAGAGAAGAAGUGUAGUGAAGGUCAGUGAGAAACCCUUGUGUUCUGCAGCUCCUUUAGAAACAAUGUGAGAACUCGAUGUGAACCCUAUGUAUCACUGUUUUAGUUGUGUGUAUUUGUUUCUGCACAAGUGUUCAAGGUUCAUGUGUUUUGUAUCUUCAUUAUAACCAAAUUCAGGAGGUACAGCACUCAGUGAUAUGAUACAGCGAACUGCCUGAGACUACACAUGUCUAAAUUAAAAUACAUAAAGUGCACAAUAUAGUACAAUUACUACUAUCACACUGGUAGCCAGCGCCGAGCACCGACAGCGGCUGCAUGCCAUCCAGCAACUGAGUAAAGGGGAUCGCUACACAGAUGGACGUGUGCCGCACCGCGCUCCCAGCACAGCACAGGGUGGAAUUUUAAUGGGAGGCUGACAGGCAGACCGAUCGAGCACUCAGUCCAAUCAGAGUUACAUUCUCUAGCUAAAAGGAGUCCUGAUAGCUCUGGUAGCUUUGUCCUGGGUCUUGAGAGUGUUCUCCUCUGCCUGGAGAGUUCUGUACUGCCUGAGCCAUGGUCAGCCCUGCCUCGGGCAGGUACAGCACCCAUUCCACCUAGCGUGUCCUCUAGCACCAAGGAUGUGCUGAGGUUUCUACCAGCUGGAUCUGGGGGAGUCAUACUCGCUCUGUCGUCCAUGAAUGAGGACUUCACGCUUACUCCACCACCUACUGCCCAGAUUUGAGGCUUUCAAACGCCAGCUUUGCGCCAAGGUCUGUCCACGUGCCAAAAACCCUAUGAAAUAUUUUGAGGAGUCGUGGACCACCAGUGGCACUGCGGAGUAGCGGCUUUUGGAGAAGUUAUGUCAGAGAUUAACCCUGGAGGGCGCUCUGUGCCCAUGGACUGUGGGUUUUGUGUUUGUGUUUUGUGUGACUUUGAGACUUAUAUAUUGACAUAAACAAUUAUCAUGCAUGUUACAAAGAAACAGUAUAUUCUUAUUAUUUCACACCAUGUUUACCUCGUUAAUGC